ACGGGAAGGGUGCCCGCUCACGGAGCCGAGGGCCGCCGGGUGGCUGGGCACGGACGAGGGCACCGCAGACCUCACGGCCAUCUGCGGGAUGCCCGAGGACGACAAGGGCACGCUCGGUGGCGGUGGCAGUGGCGGCGACGCGGGCCUGGCCUCCGCCGCAGCGCGCGGACAAGUGGAGAAGGUGCGGCAGCUCCUGGAAGCCGGCGCAGAUCCCAACCGAGUCAACCGCUUCGGCCGGCGCCCGAUCCAGGUCAUGAUGAUGGGCAGUGCCCAGGUUGCUGAACUGCUGCUGCUCCAUGGAGCAGAACCCAACUGUACGGACCCCGCAACCCUCACCCGGCCGGUGCACGACGCGGCCCGGGAGGGCUUCCUGGACACGCUGGUGGCGCUGCACCAGGCAGGGGCGAGGCUGGAUGUGCGUGAUGCCUGGGGCCGCCUGCCGGUGGACCUGGCCCAGGAGCGGGGCCACCUAAAUAUUGUGCGGUAUCUGCGUGCUGCUGCUGGGGACUAAUAGCAGGUUCCCUCAGCCUCCCACAAGAAUGUUUUUUCGCCCCAGGAUCCCAGCCCCACCUAUUCAAUGAAGACUGCAAGCACGAAGGGAGAGACAGUGUACAGCCUGUAAGCCUUCCAGAGCAUCUCAACACCACCACCCUCCAAGAAGGUGGAGCCAAUCGGAAAUAAGUUCCUAAGUGUUUACUGGAUCUGAAGUCAAACUGAGGUGGCGCUAAUGGACCACCAAGAUUUAGUAAUGUGUGAAGUUCCAGGUGCCCUUUGCCUUUCAGGAUAGUGCUGUGGAAAGUACUCUGGAAGUCCUCGAACUGUCACACAAUGGUGCUGGGGUGAGAGUUGGAGGCAGCAAUUGACAUUUGGGUGGGAGCAGGCAGCAUUUCCCCACACACACACACACACCUCGAACCCCAGAUAUCCACAGACCAGAUGAGGGGAGCGUAUGUGUUCAGAAAGGUCAGGACCUAACUCUGCAACGUCAGGCAGUUCACCUGAAAAACUGUGUUCUCUAGAAAUUCUGAGGAGUUGCCGCCCCCUCCUCCACCAAAUAGUGGCGGAGAAAGAGAAGUGGGUAACAGUCUUCCUCUACCCUAAAAUCUGAGGGAAAGGUGUGGGCACUAAAGCUUGUGUCCCUUGCUAUUCUGGGUAGGAGGCAGACAGUCACAGUGAGUGACUAUAGAGGUUAACACCCCGCUUCAAGGAUCUAAGACAAGAUAAGGAAUCCCCCCUCCCCAGGGAAGUGCCUCCUGAAAAGGUUUUAUUCUGUACUUUUGAGUUGCUCUUUGUUAACAAUGUAUUUCAUGAGACUUUCAACAGAAUAACUCCUGGUCCUCAGAGAGGUAUGCAUCUUCUAUCUCCCUUCUUGGCUUUCUCUCUCCAUGCCUGUCUCUGUAGCUCAAGAUAACAACCUCAACUCUUGAUCCUCCUGCCUCAGCCUCCUAAAGUGCUGGGGUGUACAGUGCCCAGAACCACCACUGCUGCUUACUGAAGCAGUGGCUGUGGCACGUCAAUGUGUGCCUUGUCUUCAUCCUUAGCCUAUUUAUUUCUUUGUUCAUUGUUUCCUGUACAGAUGUGUCUCUCUUGGGGAAAUAUUCCAAUGUCUUUUUAAAAGAUAAGUAUACAUGUUCAGUCUGUUAUCUUGGGCUACCUCCCAAAAGUUGCUGGGAAAAGUAGGUUAAGUAUAAACUUGUUAAAAUUAUGAGUCGAUGGUUUGUGGGCUCUUUUGAUGUCUGCUGAACAUACAACUGAUGCACUCUUUAAGGUGUCCAGUGUGGUUUUGUUCAUUGUAUCACUGGAACAACUGCUAUGCAACUGUUUUAAUAAAGAAUAAGCAGUAGAGAUAGA